AUGUCUGGCGCAAGACACUGGGAGCAAGACAAAGAGGCCACGGUCUACAUCGGCAACUUGGAUGAGCGGGCUUCCGAUAGCUUGGUAUGGGAGCUCAUGUUGCAAGCUGGGCGCAUCGUGAACGUCCACCUCCCUAAAGAUCGAGUCACGCAGUCACACCAAGGAUAUGGUUUCGUGGAGUAUAUCAGUGAAGAAGAUGCCGAGUAUGCCUCGAGAAUCAUGAACGGCAUUCGCCUCUAUGGAAAGCCGAUUCGGGUGAACAAGGCCUCCGCAGAUAAGCAAAAAUCAGUGGAAAUCGGAGCAGAGCUCUUUGUCGGAAAUCUCGACCCCAUGGUUUCGGAACAAGUUCUAUACGACACAUUCAGUCGCUUUGGCAGCUUGGUCAAUCUUCCCAAGAUUGCUCGGGAUGACAACAAUCUGUCCAAGGGUUAUGGAUUCGUCUCCUUUGCCGAUUUCGAGUCCUCCGACGCAGCCAUUACCAACAUGAACGGCCAAUACCUCAUGAAUAAGCAAGUUUCCGUGCAAUAUGCCUACAAAAAAGAUGGCAAGGGAGAGAGACAUGGUGACGAGGCCGAGAGAACGCUGGCCGCGCAGGCUCGGAAACAUAAUGUUCGCCCACCAACACAGCAGGUUACACCUACUCAAUUCCCAGGAGCGGGUACUGGUCCUGCUGCUACACCUACCGCUAUACCAAAUGGUGAUGCUUCACGUCCUGUGAGCACCGGUCCGCAGACGCCUGACCUCGGUAUGGGCAGGGGCCCCAUGCCAAUCCCCAUGAACUAUCAGAACGUACCCCCUCCUUCUCAGCAGGGCCGACCGGGACCUCCUCCUCCUUCGUCACUCACCACUCCCCCGCCAGGUCUCCCAGCUCGUCCUCCGCCAUCUCAGGCCGGGUAUGGCGGCCCCCAGACCUUCCUCCCACCAGGAUUCAACGGUGCAGGCCAACAACCUUCUUAUCCUCCACAAGCGGCGGCCCCACCGCCAGGUUUUGGUCCUCCUGGCUUUGCACCUCCAACGGGGGCCCCCGCGGCCCCGGGAGCACCUCCGUCGUUACCUCCUGGAUUCCAGCAGCCGGGAUACGGAACUGGUCGUUGA